AUGGAGUCGACACUGUUUCAGGUGCAAUCGCUCUUCUACCAGGCCGCCUACCAGGGCUGCAUCGAUCUGGCGCUCUCGUCGUCGUCCAACGCGCGCUCUUCGGACCCCACCACCGUCUCGACGCUGCUCUAUGCUGCGCGAUCGCACCUUGCGCGCUCUCCGGCCGACCCGGCAUCGGCGCUUGCGCUUCUCAAGUCGAUGAACUCUUCCGAGCCGCACGUGGCCGCUGUGGAGGCGCUGGCGCGCUUCGUGCAGGCGCAUGCGCAGGACGAUGCGGACGGCACCUCGCGCGAGAUCAUCGCGCUCACCGAGCUGCUCGACCACGCCGUCGUUGGCGAGUCCAAGGGGGAGGUGAUUCGAUGUGCCGCCGCCACUGCGCUCUUCCUCGAUGGCGAUGCGGAGGAGGCGCUCAACACGCUCGGUGUAGGAAGUGCGUCGAGUAGCGAGCUCGAGUGUGUGGCGCUUGGUGUGCACAUGCUGCUGGCCAUCCACCGGCUCGAUUUGGCAGAGGCAGAGUAUCUCGCUGCACGCAAGUGGGCGGACGACUCGCUGCUCAUUCAGCUCAUCGAGGCAUGGAUCGGUCUGGCAAAGGGCGGCAGAAGCACCCAGCAGGCUUUUUAUGUUUAUGACGAGUUGGCCCAGAACCCCGCAGCUGCAGACACGGUGAAUGCAGUGCCUUCGCUCGUGGGAAAGGCUACGGCGCUCGCGGCAAACGCCGAUUUCGCAGGCGCAAACAAGAUGCUCGAUGCAGCACUCAAGCUCGAUGCCAACCAUGCCGAGGCACUGGCGAACAAGGCGACGGUCGCGGCACAUGUCGAGCAGGCCACAAGCGGCGAGUGGAUGGACAAGCUCAGGAGCGCCAAUGCAUCGCAUCCGUUGCUGCGCGAGUACAGCGCACUUCAACAGGCAUUCGACCAGCAUGCCGCAUCGUUCCGCCUCGGCGCAUCUGCCGAAGCCUAG